AUGAAAGGGUGGAGGGAGGAGAGGUGCGUAUAAAAGUCCUGCACGCAGGAAUUAGGAAAUAUCCCUCUGGAAAAAUAGACUUUCCAAGACUUCUCGUUCCAUCCUCUCUUAAACGGAAGACAAAAGAUGAGACGUCUUCUUCACUUGCUGGCGGUCUGCGCCAUCUUGACCUUGUGCGUCCACUACGGCAGCGCUAGGUCCUACCGCUCAGAUUCAGACUCCAACGAGAGCACGGAGUCCAGUGAAGACGUGUUCGUGGCUCCACGCCGAGCCAACGCCUUCAUCACGCCGCAGAGGAACGCCUUCCGCCUGCCCCGAGGGAACGCCUUCAACGGCUACUCCAGCAGCAGGAGGGUGAAGUCUCCAGCAGAGAGACGUGCGGAGACCUGCGAGGAUUACUCCCCCUGCCGCUUCUUCGCCUACCACAAUGGCUACCAGAGGGCCUACCAGAGGUACUUUGGCAACCAAGCGCCACAGCGACCAAGACAGGCGGCUCACCGUCGCUACUAAACUGGCACACGACUUCCUGGAGCGUUUGACGCGGGCGGUGCUGGAAGAACACCACCGUGGUUGUUGCCAAACGUGUCCAACACACGCUUUAUCUGACGCUCUGAGCGGUGUAUUGUUUGUAUUCACCUUUUGCUAGCAUCAUUAUCCACCCACGGAAAUAAACCUUUCAUGUUUGUUUGUCUUUA